GUCUGAGAUGUGAUUACACAGGCAAUCUGAUACCAUUAGCUGCAUCUGCUGGGACCAUCAAACUCUCUAGUGCAAACAGCUUCACCUUUAAAAUAGCUGCACUGGUGCUCUUGGGUCGGCAUGUGUGAGAAACGCAGCGGAGCAUCAACCUACUGCUGAUACCUUUGGUUCGAUAUGCUGUUAUAUUACAGAACACAGGUAAGAUUUAACCUGCGUUCAGACGUCCUUACUUUAUGUAAAUUGAUUUAGACCACAUGUUUCAGAAAGAUAUUUGUAAUUUAUAGUCAUAUUUUACUAUGUACAACAUUUUGUAUUAUUUAGUAACAUUCAGUAAGUUCAAGUUGUUGGUGUAUUUAUGGGGAAAAUUACUCUCAUAUUUUGUGUUUGUGCUCCAAAAUAAAAAAUAUAGGUAACUGAGAUGAAGUCAUCAGAGAGAAACCUUUUGUAUGUAUUCUAAUUGACCCCCUUUCAUAUUGAUGUGUACCUCAUUCUUGGUAAACUCUCUUAAUUAAGAAACAAAAUAGAACAAUCUACUUUUAAACCAGAGUGCCAACUUGUAUGUGAAUGUGUAUUUUUAAUUUUUUCAGUAACACUUUACAAUAAGGUUAACAUUAGUUAACAUGAACUAACAACGAACAGUACUUUUACAGCAUUUAUUAAUGCUAAUAUAACAUUUGUGAAUGCAUUAUGAAUCUAAUAUGAACUAACAAUAAACAAUUAUAUUUAUAUAAAUGAAUAUGAACCAUUAUUAAUAAAGCAGAAACAAAUAUAUUUUUUUAUUGUUAUUUCAUGAUACCUAAUGACUAAUGUUAACAAAUUGAACCUUAUUGUAAAGUGUUACCAAAAUAUACAAUGAAGAUGAAAGAUUUAUGAAUUGUUUUAUUUUUAUGGUUGAUUAGAUAAAAUGAUCAGAAUGUUGUUCAAAUUGGUGUUAGGUAACAUAAAAUGCAAUCUUUUGUCAGAAAUGACUCAGAAGAUUUAUUAACAUCAAAAUCAUGUAGAUUUUUGUUUUACAGAAUGGUAUACAAGAAUCACAAAACAGAAAGCUCCAGCUGUGGGACUUCUGCAUCUCAACAGAAAACUGAAGGCCAGGACCAUCUUGUCCGUCCAAAAAAACUGCCCAACCCAGUUUUGGAGUCUCACAAUCAUAGAGGACUACAUCGUGAACUGCUUUUCAGCCACAGAUGGGGUCUUCUGCCCAAAGAGAAGCCGGAGCUCCAGCGGUUUUUGGAGCAGAGGAGACUGGAGCAGCACAGAGAGAGAGAACAAGCCUUAAAACCACCGUCUGACCUGGAGCAAGAGCUGCGCAAGAGACGCCAGAAACUUAUGGAGUACGAGCAGGAAGAGGUGAGACGCAGGGAGGACCUGGAGAAAAUGCCAGAAUUUGUGCGAAUGAGGAAGAACCUGAGACACAUCUCCACCUCAGGCUGUUAAACAAACUACAAUCAAGAAUAUCUACAGCAAUCUACGUCAAGAUGACGAGAGAUCAAUAAUUCCUCCCAGUACCUCCUCUUUUUGGCUUCCUCGAAAUGUAGUAUUGCUAAUAAAUAUAUUUUAUAACACUUCAACAGCGCAAACAAAA